AUGUCGUCGCCAACGUGGAAUCUAGCAAAUCUAUCGUCAUUCGUAUUCGACCGUGAUCGUUAUCGACGUAGUGUAAGCGAACAAAGACAUAUUGUAACAACUCACGAGUAUCAUAGUUAUACACGUACUGAAUCACCUUGUGAAUAUCGAAAUUAUUGUGAAUAUUGUCCUUGUAUAAAUUGUCGCCGUUAUCGUCAACCAUCAUAUCGACAUCGUAUGAGUCGUCGACAAUCAUCAAAUUUUCCUCCAAAAGGGCAUCAAGAAUAUUAUUCUAGUGCACAUUCGAUAAGAGAUGAAAUAGAACGAGGUAGUCCAACAGGUAUUGAGAUAUAUGUACAUCAGCAUCCACAAUCACCACAAUCACGAUAUCAGCAGCAGCAACAACAACGACAUCCCUAUCAACCACAUCAUUUUCAUGAUACUAAUGAAUAUGAUAAUCAACGACAAUCACGUCUAUUGCAGAUUAAUCGACGCAGCACACGUGAAGUUCAACCAGGCGAUCAAACCGUACCAAGUACUACAAAUACUAGUCGACAAGACGAGGCUGUUAUUAAGCGAAGAUAUGCCUUCGCUGACAUUCUCGAAAGCGAACGUUCAUAUGUUGCUGAUCUUCAACGUAUUAUUGAAAUUUAUCUAUAUGAGUUAACUCGUCAAGAAUGUCCGUGGUUCGUCAAAGAAAAAAAAGAUCUUCUUUUCAGCAACAUUGAAGACAUAUUCGCAUUCCAUAAAGUAUUAUUCUUAAACGAUUUAACUAAUGCUAUUGAACAUGAUCCAAAUGAAUUGGCUUAUGUAUUUUUACGUCGACGAGAUCAAUUUUUAAAUCUUUAUUCUCAGUAUAUGUAUGAUCGUACACGAUCUGAACAUGUACUACAAACAAAUCCAAAUAUUCAACGUUAUUUCGAUGAAUUAAAACAACGAUUAGGUAUACAAACAAGUGAUUUAACACUUAAUAAUUUACUUAAUCGUCCUAUACAACGACUUGAAAAAUAUAAGAAUAUUUUACAAGAAAUGAUUAAAUAUACAAAUCGUAUGCGAGAGGAUAGUUCAGUAUUUCAACAAGCUUAUACAAUGAUAAGCAAUGUAAUGAAUGAAGCACGUCAACGUGAUGCAACUGAACUUAUUGAUAAUUUACCAUUUACAAAUGAUGAAUUAGGAGAUUUAAAACGUCAUGAUGUUGUUUUAAUUAAAACAACUGAUCAUGAUCUUGAUUCAAUAAAUGAAAAUGGUGCACGUUUACGUGAAAGAUUCUUAUAUUUAUAUCGUCAUAAAAUUAUUUUAUGUCGACGUAAACGUGUUGAUAGUAGAUUAGAACCAAAAUCAUUAGCUUUUAAACAAGCUUAUCAGACAAAUGAAAUAACUUUUAUACAAGAAAAUUUUCCUGAUGAUGAUAAAAAAUUUGAAAUUACAUUUAAUGAUAAUGAACGUGUUACAUUUUAUGCUCGAAAUACUUUUUCAAAAAUAUCAUUAGUAAGAUCUUUACGAGAUAAUCUUAAAUCUCUUGGUUUUGUGGAAGAAAUUGAAAUGAUUGAAACAGCUGAAGGAGAUGAUGAUACACGACAAAAACGUCCAGCAACAAAGAAACGAACAGUGGAUGUUUUAGAAUCAUCAAUGUCCGAACAACAAAAACGUGGUCGUUCAUCCGGACAUACAACAACAUCGGGAGCAUCGGAUUUUUAUUCAGUUGGAAGUGAAAGUGAAUCAAGUUAUCAAACUGCCGGAGAAAACGAUGAUUUCAAACCAAAAUUUCUAAAAAAAUUAAAUGAUUCAUUAGCUACAGAGGGUGAUUUUGUCACAUUAGAAUGUAUAGUUAUUAGUACAACACCAGUUCAUGCUACAUGGUUUAAAAAUAAUAUACCUUUACAAGAUAGUGCUGAUUGUAGACAAGUACAAGAAGAUAAACAUUUUAAAUUAAUAAUUAAAGAAGCUUUUGUUGAAGAUGGAGGAAUUUAUUCGAUAAAAAUUUCAAAUCAUGCUGGAACAGUUACUUGCAGUUGUAAAUUAUUCGUCAAAGAAGAAAUGAGUGAUGAACGAACUAUUCGUGAAGAUUUAGUUAUUCGAGAAGGUUCAUCGCCGGAAUCGAAAAAAGAAACAACUGAUAAUGAAGAUGAAUUACGUAUUACAGAAAUGGCAUAUGAUCAAGGUGGUGCAUAUAAAGUAACACCACAUAUUGGUCGAGCACCAAUUUUUCUUCAAUCACUUAUGCCAAUGAUAUCUAAAGCUGGUGAUAUUGUUACAUUAAAAUGUACUGUCACAGCAACGCCUAUGCCAUCUGCUACUUGGUAUAAAAAUGGACAAGAAAUUCAAGCAGGUGGUCGUUAUUCAGUAUUUCAUGAUCAAAAUGGAAACUAUUCAUUAGUUAUAUCUGAUGCUUUACCACAAGAUUCAGGUGCAUAUGAAAUUACAGUACGAAAUCAAUAUGGUACAGCAAAUUCAAAAACAAAUCUACAAAUUCUUGAACGUGAGAGUGUUUUUAUUCCAAUUCCUAUAACACGUGUAUCAACAGAAGAACAUGGUACAGCUAAAUUAGCAUGUGCAGUUAAACGUUCGGAUGUAAAUGUUGAUUGGUAUAAAGGUGAUCAAGCAUUAUUUAUUGGACAACAAAAUGAAAAUACAAAAUAUAAACGUAUUGAUGAUGGUUUACAGCGAGAAUUAAUUGUUAAAAAUGUUUCAUCCGAUGAUCAAGGAGAUUAUGUUUGUCAAGCUGAUAAAUAUCGUGUAACACUUCAUUUGAAUGUUCAAGGACCUGCUGCUGAUUUUGUACGUCCACUUGAAAAUAUUGAAGUAACGGAAAAUAACGAAGCCAUUUUUGAAUGUCAAUUAACAAAAGAAGAUGCUCAAGUUGAAUGGUGGUUUCGUGGACAACCAAUAAUUUCAUCACAACAUCAUUUAAUUGCAUCACAUGGUUUUAUACGUCAAUUAAUUUUACCUAAAGUUGCAAUGAAUGAUGAAGGAGAAUAUUCAAUACGUGUUGAUAAUAAAAAUACUUCAACAGCACAAUUAUUUGUUAAAGAACAACCAAUUAUAUUUCGUCGUCCUUUGCGUUCACAAAUUGUCGAAGAAAGUUCUUCAACAAUAUCAAAUAGUGCUAUUUUUGAAUGUGAACUUAAUAAGCCAUUAAAACAAAUGUUAUGGUUUAAAGCAAAUGUUCAACAUUUAAUUCCAUCAGAUAAAUAUAUUAUCGAAUCAUUUGCUAAUGGUCUUAUACAUCGUUUGACAAUACAUAAUGUUAAUUUACGUGAUGAUGGAGAAUAUACAGCAUCAACUGGAUUAAAUACAUCACAAGCAAAAUUAACUGUUGAAUCUUUAAUGCCAAUAUUUGUUGUACCAUUAAUGGAUGCACGUGCAAAUACACGUGAAACAGUUAAAUUAUCAUGUGAAACAAGUAAUGCUUGUCAAGUUGUAUGGAUGCAUCGUGGAAAGAAAAUUAUUGAGAAUAGUUAUAAAUAUACACUAGGAAAUUUUAAUAAUUCAACAUUACAUACUCUUGAUAUUGAUAAUUUGGAAUUACGUGAUCAAGGUGAAGUUUUAUGUUCUAUUGUAAAUCAUCCAACUGUUUCCACUACAUGUCAAUUAAUUAUUGAAGAUGCUCAACAACAAUCGGCAUUCUAUUCACCAUUAAAACCAUUUAUGGAAAUUGUUCGUGGUCAAGAUGCUAUACUUAAUUGUGAAACAUUUGAUUCAACAUAUUUUCAAUGGCUUAAAGAUGGUACGACAUUAAUGGCAACAAGUAAUAAAUUUCGAACACUUGGUGAUGAUAAACAUACAACAUUAGUUGUUAAACAAUUUAAUGAACAUGAUGAAGGUGUUUAUACAUGUGUAACACGAGAAGGUCAUUCAACAUCAACAACACUUCGAACAGUUGAUCAUCGUGAACGAACACCACGUAGUGAAGAACGUUUUGGUUCAUAUAUGAAAAUUGAUUCACCACGUACAAGUCGAACACCUGAAUUAGGUGGAUAUCGUUCAAGUAUGAGUCCAACACAUAGUCGUUAUGUUCCAUCAUUAGCUGAAGAUAAUGAACGACAACAAUCACCACGUGUUGAAGAAACACGACGAACUAAAAAAAUUACAAUACAAGAAACAAGUGAACAACGUUUACCAUCAACAGCAACUAAAACAAGUUCGGCAACAUUUCGUCCAAGUUCAAGUCCAAGUCCACAACGUGAAUAUAUUCGUAGUGGUUAUUCAUCAGGUACAAGUCCUGAACGAGAACGUUUAUCAAUGCCACGUCAUUUUUCACCAUCAACAACAUAUAAAUCAUCAAAUCAAUUACAAGAUUUUGGACAUUAUAUUGAUCGUAGUUCAAAAUCUCCAUCGCCAUCACCAACACGUAAAACAAAUAUGACAUUUGCAAAUAUAACACCAACAACAAAAAUGCCACCUGUUUAUGAAGAACAAGAUGAACAUCAUCGACAUCGUUCAUCCGUUACAUUUUCACCAAGUCGAUCACCAGCUCGACAAUCCGUUGAAAGAAAAAUCGUUGAAAUGCAAAUACCAAUGAGUCCAACAUUAUCACAUCGUGAAUUAAAACAUGCACCAUAUCGUGAAGAAUCUAUUCCAGAAGAACGUUUACAAUUUUAUGAUAGUGAAACGUAUGAUAAACAAACACCAAUAUUUCAUCGAGAAGAACCUUAUGGUUUAAAUACAUCACGUAUACAAGUAACUGAAACAAUACCAAUCGUACAAAUAACACAACCAUUAGUUGAUACACGCGUUGAACAAGGUAAACCAUUACGACUUGUUGUUGAAACAUCUCAACCAGCAAGUGAAGCUAUUUGGUUUAAAACGGAUAUUUAUUCAACAGCACCUAAUCAAGCUAAAAAACUUGAUGAAAGUGGAAAAUAUCAUAUGAUAACACAGGGUACACGACAUAUACUUAUUAUACCAAAUGCAACAUCUGAAGAUAAUGGUGAAUAUAUAUGUCGUAUACAAAAUGCUAUGACUCGUGCACAAGUACAAGUAACUAAUGAAGAUUUACAAUUUAUUCGACGUUUACCACAAUCAAUUGAUGUUAUUGGUGGACGUGAUAUUAUUAUUGAAUGUGAAAUGAAUAAAAUGGAUACACAAGCGAUAUGGAAAAAAGAUAAUGAAAUUAUUCGAAUUCCUCAAAAAUUUCUUCCAAUGUCAGAAAAUAAAAAACAUCGAUUAAUUAUUAAAGAUGCAAGUACUGAAGAUUCCGGUCUUUAUACAGUUAUUGUUAAUGAUCUUGAAUCGACAACAUAUGUUAAUGUUACACCUGAACCAUUACUUAUAUUAAAACCAUUACAAGAUCAACGUGUACAUUCAGGUGAUACAGUCACGUUUACAUGUGUCUGUUCUAAAACACCAAAAAAUGUUCAAUGGUAUUUAAAUGGUUACCCAUUACCAAUAAAUGAACGUUAUCAAACAAAAUUAAUUGAUCGUGAAAUACAAUUAACAAUAAUUAAUGUACAAGAAUCUGAUGUUGGUACAAUAACAUGUUGUUUAAAUAAUACAAUAACAACAGCUAAUUUAACAUUAGAUGAUAAAGAUAAAACAUUAAAAUUUAUUAAAUUAUUAGAAGAUGAUGAUACAGGAAAUAUUCAAGUUGAUUCACCAUUUAUGCUUGAAUGUCGAACAAAUCGACCAACAUAUCAAAUACGAUGGUUUAAAGAUAAUAGAGAAAUUAGUCAAUUUGAUCAAGUUAUGAAAACUAUAUCAGAUGGAUGUACACAUGUACUUCAAAUAUCUCGUGCACAGUCUGAACAUAGUGGUCAAUAUCGAUGUGUUGUUGGUGAUCGUCUUGAAACUACUUGUCAUAUAACAGUUCGUGAACCUGAAUUUCGUUUUACUCAAUCAUUACCAUCAAAUGUUCAAUUUUCUCCACAAACUGAUACAUCAUUAACACUUGAUGCAACACUUAAUCGUAAACCAAGUCAUAUUCAGUGGUAUAAAAAUGGUAUCGAAUUAUUUCCAUCACGAAAAUAUGAACUUGCCAAUGAACAUCAUGUUGUUGCUUUAAUAAUACAUGAUUUAGCAUCUGAUGAUCAAGGUUUAUAUCGUUGUGUUAUUGGUAAAGGUCAAAUAACAAGUGAAUGUCAAGUAUCAAUGAAUUUAAUGAGUGAAAAUGAUCGUCGUUUAAUCAAACCAUUACAAGAUCAAAAUAUUUAUGUACAUGAUACAUGUACAUUAAUUGUUCAAUUUCAAGGUGAUGCACCUGAUGUUAAAUGGUAUAAAAAUGGUCAAGAAAUUCAUUCAAGUCCAAAAUAUCGUUUCAUACAUCAUGGAAAUGAACAAACAUUAAUUAUAAAUGAUUGUCAAUUAGUACAUGAUCAAGCUUAUUAUAGUUUACGUUUAGCAACAAAUACAAAACUUGAUUUAACAUCAUGUUAUGUUCAAGUUAAAGAUAAAUUUGUUAAUAUAACAAAACAUCUUGAACCACAACGAUGUAUUCUAGGACAAGAACCACAGGUUCAAUUUGAUAUUGAAACAACUCCAACAGAUAAAAAACCAAUAUGGUAUUUUAAUAAUCGACAACUUGAUAAUACAACAAAAUAUGAAUUAAUAUCAAAUGAUAAUACACAUCAUUUAUUAUUUAUUCAUCAACCUGAAUUAUCUGAUCAAGGACAAUAUACAGUUUCAUUUCCUGAAAGUGAUCAAUCAUCAACAGCUAAUUUACAAGUUUUACAAACACCAUCAACAUUAGAUUUUAUUCAACCACUUGAAGAAGUAUUUUUAUGUGAAGAAGGUGAUAAUUUUGUUCUUGUUACACGUACAAAUAAACCUACACAUGUUAGUUGGAUGAAAAAUGGUUAUAAAUUAUCUUUAAAACCAAAAUUAGAUUCAUUACCAACCAAUGAACAUCGUUUAUCAAUUGAAAAAGCACAAAAAUUUGAUCAUGAAGGUAUCUAUACAUGUAUAAUUGAUGCAAAUAAUAUUGCAACACAAUGUCAAGUUAAAAUACUUGAACGUGAAUUACAAUUAAUUCAACCAUUACCAAAACAAAUACGUUUAAAUGAACAUGAUACAUUAACAUUAAUAUGUGAAACAAAUCGUAAACCAAAAAAAGUACAAUGGUUUAAAGAUCAAUCAAAUAUUCCAUUGGAAACAAAUAAUUCAUUAAUGAUUAUCAAUGCUGAUGAAACAUGUACAUUAAUUAUAAAUAAUAUUAAUAAAUUUGAUUCGGGUACAUAUACAUGUCGUCUUGAAGAUCGUUUAAUAACUGUUUCGGAUGUUAAAAUACAAGAAUCAGCACCACAAUUUAUUGAUGGACCACAAUCUUAUCUGAUUUGGAAACGACGUGAAGAUGGACCUGUUGCAACAAUUAGUUGUACAUUAAAUAAACCAAAUGUACCUGUUAAAUGGUUUCUUGAAAAUAAAGAAAUUCAACCGAAUUUAAAUAAUAAAUUUGAAAUUAUAUCUGAAGGUUCAAUGCAAUGUUUAUUAAUACAUGAUGUACAAAAAGAAGAUUCAAAUAAAUAUGUUAUUUCAUUAGGACCUAUUUAUCGUGCAUGUCAUUUAGAAGUUGUUGAUGAUGCGGGAUUAUCAACUGAUGAUGAAAAUUCUGAUCGACUUUUACAACCUUUAACUACACUUCAACGACAAGAAAUUAUGGAAGGUGAUUCUUUAACAAUUGAAGUUUCUCCUGAUACAAAUAUUCAAUCACUUUCACCAAAUCAAUUUCGUUUAUUAAAAAAUAAUCAUCCUAUAAAUGAUUAUUCACGUAUUAAAUUUGAACGUGAUACAUCCAUAGGAAAUUUAAAUCGAUGGGUUAUACAUUUAAAUGAUGUUGAUUUAACUGAUUCAGGUGUUUAUUCACUUGAAAUAAAUAAUCAAGCACGACAAGAUUUACUUGAUUUAUUUGUUAAAAAACGUCCAAUACAACGACAAUUAAUAACAUUACCUAAAGAUGAAUUUUAUUUACAUGAAACAAUCACACUUGAAUGUAAAUUUGAACGACCAAUAAAAACGAAAAAACUUCAACCAACAUGGUUUAAAAAUGGUCGUCCAAUACAAUCAUCAAAUCGUCAUUUAGUUAAUAUUGAAAGUCAAAUGCAAGAUGGUCCAACAAAAUAUUCAUUAACAAUAAAAAAUGUUGAUUUUAGCGAUGAAGGUGUUUAUGAAUUACGUAGUGAUUAUCUUGUUGUUGAAACUCCAUUUAUUCGUAUUAUUGAAAAACCUAUUCAACCAACACCUGUACGUACAGUAACUGAAGGUGAUAGUCUUCAAAUUGAUGUUAAUAUUGAUCAACAAAUCUCACCUGAAAAUAUACUUGAUCAAAUAACUGUUUUAAAAGAUAAUCGUCCAAUAAUAAAUAAACCUGAAAUACAUAAAUCAUUUGAUGGUAAUCAAUUUAAAUUAGAAUUAAAAAAUUUAGCAAUAAAUGAUCGUGGUUUAUAUGAAAUUGAUAUUCAAGGACAACGUACACCGAUUUGUUUACUUGAUGUUAAAGAACGUCAACCAGAAGUGUUUCUACUUGAAUUAGAUCGAAAUAUAUUUGAAGAAGGUGAAACAAUACGUUUAGCAUGUACAUUUCCGCAACGACCAGGUCCAACAUCAAAUUGGUUUAAAGAUGGACAAUUAAUUCAUCCAAAUGAAAAUAUUCAAUUGAUUGAUGAAAAUAAUACAUUAACAAUUAUUAUACGAAAUGCUAGACGUACUGAUUCAGGUAUUUAUGAAGUUCGUAUUGGUUCAGUUAUUGCUCGAGCACCGAUGAUUCAAGUUUUACCAAAACAACAACAACCAGAUAUACCAAUACAAAAUGUUCGUGAAGGUGAUACAGUUACAUUAUCAGUUGAAGGUUUACAACCUAAUAUUCGACCUCAAGAUAUACAUUUAUUAAAAAAUGGAAGAAAAAUAAUGCCAUCAGAAAAACCCAAAAUAUUAAUUAAACGUGAAGAUGAUAAACUUCGUAUUAUAUUACAAACAUUAGGACUUGAUGAUUCAGCUUUAUAUAGUGUACAAAUACAAAAUGAUAUGCAUCCAUUAGCACAAAUUGAAGUUGAACCACGUCAACCUGAAAUUCAAGAAAUGCAACUUGAACAAGAUACAUUUUUUGUUGGUGAUACCGUUACACUUGAUUUAGAAUUUACAAAUGAACCAACUGAACUACCACGAUGGACGAAAGAUAAUAUUCUACUUAGAAAUAAUGAUCGAGUAACUAUUGAAAAUGUUGGUAAUCGAGUUACUUUGAUCGUACGAGAUUUACGAUUAGAUGAUGCUGGUAUUUAUGAAGUUCAAAGUGGUCCAUUAAUUGUUCGUACACCAUUUAUAAAUGUUAUUGAACGUGAACAAGAUGUAACUGAAAUUGUUGAUGAAACUGUAACAUAUACAAUUACACCAAAUCCUCCUGUACAACCAAUUGAUACAAAAACUUGUACUAUUAAAGAAGGAGAUAAUGUGACACUUAAAAUAGCUUCACAAACUCCAAUAACAGUUCAUGAUGUACAAUUAUUUAAAAAUGGUCAACCAAUAAUAUAUGAUAAUGAAACAUUAAAACAUCUUAAAAUUGAACAAAAUGGACCUAAAGAUGUUCGUUUAAAUAUAAUCAAUGCUCGUUUAAGUGAUACAGGUGAUUAUAGUGCAUUAAUCAAUGGUAAUAUUCAACCAAUAAUAACACUUCAUGUUCAACCACGUGAAAUGCAAAUACAAAUGAUUGAUUUACCACAAGAUACAUUUAAUGAAACUGAAACAUUAAGAAUUGAUUGUCAAUUUCUUCAACCAAAUAUAAAUAAAGAUUAUAAAUGGUAUAAAGAUAAUCAAUUAAUAAUACCAAAUGAGCAUACUGAAAUACAAAAAGAUUCAUUAAAUGAUUUAUUAAUAAUUCAUAAUUUAAAAUUAACUGAUGCUGGUGUUUAUGAACUUAAAAAUUCGAAUACUAUUUUACGUACACCACCUAUUAAAGUUCUUCCAUAUCAACAAACACCAAAUAUUCAACAAUUACGAUCACAAGUGGCUUCAAAACUUGUUCAUGAAGGAGAUACUGUUACAUUUGAAUUAGCACCUAAUUUUGAUGUACCAUUAAAUAAAAUCGAAUUAUUUCAUGAAGAAAAUCCAAUAACACAUGAACCAUAUGUUCAUAUGACAAAAGAUUAUAAAACAAAUUCAAUUACAGUACAAAUUGAAGAUAUUAAAAUGCCUGAUCAUGGUUUAUAUACAGCUGUUGUACAAGGUCAAUCGGUACCAUUAGCUGAAUUAAUUGUUGAACCACGACCAUUAGUUAUACAAAAUAUGGAUUUACCAAAAGAUGUUUUUUAUACGGAUGAACGUCUUGAACUUGAAUGUGAAUUUCCACAAGUACCUAAAGGUGAACAACCACAAUGGUUUAAAAAUAAUCAACCAUUACAAUCAACAUCAAAUGUUCAUAUAUUAACUGAAAAUAAUGGACGAAAACAUUCAUUAAUUAUUGAACAUUUAAAACCUAACGAUACAGGACAUUAUGAAUUAAGAGUUAAAGGUUUAAUUGUUCGAACACCAUUAAUACGUGUUAUUGAACGAGAACAAAUACAAAUUGAUGAACAACCAACACCAUAUAUUGUUACAGAAUUUGAUGAUGAUCAAAAUAGACUUAAACCACAAACAGCACAAAGACGAUUAAGUAAUGUUAUGAUUGAAGAUAUUACUGAUCAAGAAAAUAUUUCAUAUCAACCAUCAUUUUAUGAAGAUACCCAACGAGUUCAAGAAGGUGAUUCAAUUAAAUUCAAAGUUGUUAGUACACUUGAUGUAAGACCAAAUCAAAUUCAUGUAUUACAUAAUGGUUUACCAGUUGAUAUGAAAAAACGUCCAUCAAUUACUGUUGAUCGUGUAUCACCUGGUACAUAUAAUGUGUCGCUACUUAAUGUUCGUGUAUCAGAUUCUGGUCGUUAUGAAUAUCAAGUUGAAGGCGCACCGGAACCUAAACAUUUAGUUACACUUUAUGUUGAACCACGACAAGUCAAAGAAAAAAUUCUUCAUUUACCACAAACAACAUUUAAUAUUGGUGAAUCAAUUUUAAUGAAAAUUGAUUUUGAUGAAAAUGAUUAUAUUGCUGAAACACCAAAAUGGUAUAGAAAUGAAAUGCUUAUACCAAUUGGUAAUAAUACUCCAAGACAUAAACAAAUUACAGAUCUUACUAAUCGUACACAUACAUUUGAAAUAUUUAAUUUACAAGUUGAAGAUACUGGUGUUUAUGAAAUGCGUACAUCACAUUUAACUGUUAAAACACCUGAAAUUAAAAUUAUACCGAAACAAAAGGAAGAAGAAAUUAUUCCAGAACAAGUUAGUCGACAAUCAUCGAUUACAAUUGAUAUGAACAAACACAAAGAACAACCACUUGAAGCAAAACCAUUUGAAGAAUUUCUUCCAGUUGAAGAUAUUACACCUAUUCAUGAAGUAACUGAAGGUGAUAUGAUGCAUUUAACUGUUGAAAAACCUUCAACUGUUCCAUUAUCAAAUAUAAAAAUUUUGAAAAAUAAUCAACCAUUAAGUCCAUCAAAUAAUAUUCAUAUUCAAGCAACAUCACCAACAUCUAUUGAUAUUAAAUUUUCACCUGUUGAAUUAAUUGAUCAAGGUUAUUAUUCUAUAAGUAUUCGUGAUCAAAUUCAACCAAUAAUGCAAUUGAAUGUACGUGAAAAACCUAUUCAACGACAAAUUAUGAAUUUACCACAAGAUACAUUUAUUGAAAGUGAAACAUUAACAAUUGAAUGUAAAUUUGAUGUUAAACCUGAUACACAAUUUGUUUGGACAAAAGAUGGUUCAAUAUUAUUGAAUGAUUCAAGAAUAAAUAUUAAACAAAAAAAUGAAACAUUUACUUUAAUUAUUAAAGAUUUAAAACCAUCUGAUCAAGGUGUUUAUUCACUUGAAAGUAAAUAUUUAAUAUUAGAUACACCAUUUAUAACUGUUUUACCUAAACCACAUCAACCAACUGUUGAAAUUGAACAUGAAGAAACUACAAUAACUAUACAACCAAAUGUAUCAGUUACAGAUACAAAAGAUGAAACAGAAGAAGUAAUUAUUACACAACAACCAGCUAAACAAAUUCAAGCACCAACAGCAAUUAUUCAAAGUGAAGAUAAUCAAAUCGAUGAAACAGUAACAACAACAACAACAAUUGAAGGACAACAACAACCAACAUUUCAAGCAAAUUCAUCUGCUAUUCAACCAGAACAAACUACAGAAGAAAUUACUGUUCAAACUCAAGUAUCAGUUCCAACUGAACAACCCAUAGAAGUAAAAACAACAACAACAGCAGAAGAAAUUCAACCUGAAGCAACAGUAACUGUUGUUGAACAACCAAAACCUACAGUUGAAACUGUAGAGACAAAAGAAGAAGAAAAUAUUUCAAGCACAACUCAAGUUGAAGAACAACCUGCAUUGCAAUUUGCAACUGAUGCAUCAUCAACUCAACCAGAAACAAAGGAAGAAUCAUCGAUAUCAACCGUAAUCGAAACUACUCGAGAAACGAAAUCAAUUGAAAAACCAAAAGUAACUUCACAGGUUAUAACAGAAGAAAAGACUGUUGUUAACGAGCAAAUACAACAGGAUACUAAAGAACAAAACCUUGACGUUACAAUAAAUACUGACAAAUCAGAUGAAAAGACUAGCUUUACUACUAAUGUGACAAGUUCUCAUGAACAACCUAAAUCUAUAGACAAAACUGAUGAACAGAUUACUACUACUGUAUCAGUUGAUCAAAAGAAACCAGAAAUACCUGUUUCUACUCUACAAAAAUCAAAUGAACAAAAAGAAACGACGACGACAACAACAACAAACACAACCACAAGCACAACCACAGAAAACAUAAUCGAAAAACAACCAGAAAAGAAAUCCGAUGUUCAAAAGUCAACUUUUGAACAAACAGAACAAAACGUUCAGAAGGAUGUACCAUCUGUAAAAGAAAAGGUAGAACAGCCUACAGAAACAAAACCAAUUGUUGAAGAAAAACUGACAUCAUCGACUACAACUAUUAAAGAGGAGACAGCACCAGUUGAAACCGCUUCAACUACUGAAGAAGUUACCACUAUUGAAAAAGUUAUAGAACGAAAACCUACUCAAGAAAUAACAAGUACUGUUCAAAAGAAGAGUACUGAUGAACAACAAACACCAACCGUAACUCAAUCCGUUGAACAAGUGACAGAAAUAAAAACGGAGGUUCCUCAAUUAUCGUCUAUAAGAACUGAAGAAAAAACCGAGAGUAUUGAAGAGCAACUCGAUUCUAUUCAACAACCAUCCAUAAAGAAAACUACUCCAGUAGUUGAGGAAAAAGUUAACACUACAACUACUACUUCGGUUGUUGAAGAAACUACUACUACUGAAGAAGUUGUUAAGGAAAAGCCGAAGUCUUCGACUACAACUAUUGAAGAGAUAACGAAUACAGAAGAACUCAUUCAAAACAAAAAACCACAAGUUGUAGAACAACUUGAACGUCCAAUUACAACUGUUUCAACCAUUGAAGAGGAUACGAAAGAAAAACCUAGUCAAAAAAUAACAACAACUAUUCAAGAAGAGACAACUAUUGAUGAACAGAAACCAAUAGUAACUCAGCCAAAACAAUAUGAGACUAAAGUAGAAGAAAAUGUUCCUGAAACAUUCACUACAACUACAAAAAUCGAAACGUUCGAAGAACAGUUGGCUACUGUUGAAAAACCAACUACUGAAGAAACUAUUAAAAAAGAAACUAUGACUAUCACUGAUACUAAGCCAAUUAUGGAAGACAUAGUUGCUACUAUAGAGAGUGUAUCACAAGAAACUGUGCAAAAGAAACCGACUGCAACUAUAGAAGAAGUAACGACUACAGAAGAAACUAUUGAAGAAGAACGAAAGCGUCCUGUUGAAACUACUUCAACUGUAGAAGAAGUUACCACUAUUGAACAAGGUGUAGAACAAAAACCUGUUCAACAAAUAACAAGUACUGUUCAAACAAAAAGUACUGAUGAACAACAAACACCAACAGUAACUCAAUCCGUUGAAGAAGUGACAGAAAUAAAAAAGGAGAUUCCUAAAUCAUCGUCUACGCUUAAAGAUCAAAUAGAAUACCUCGAGCAAAUACUAGCGUCUAUUGAUCAACCAAAUGUAGAGACAACAGUUACAGAAGAAGAAGAACUUACCACUGACACAGAAGAAUUAAUCCAAGAAGAUGUACCUCGCAAAACAGAGGAGACACAAAAACAUGCUGAAACAAGACCAAUUGUUAAAGAAUUUCUAGAAGAAAAACCAGAAGUCUUGAGCACAACUACUGAGGAAAAUAUCGAAGAAGAGAAGGUACCAACUGAAGAUUUGCCAAAACGAUCUGUUGAAACUACUUCAGCUACUGAAAAAAUUAUACAAAAUAAACCUGUGCAAGAAAUAACAAGUACUAUUGAAGAGGAAACUACUGUUGAACAACAGAUACCAAAGAUAGCAGAACGUACUGAAGUAUCUAUCACAAAUAAAGAAAAUGUUGAUAUUGUACAAGAGGAGAUAAUACAACCAAAAACUGUUCCAACACUUACUGAAACUGUUACUACUGCUACGGAAGAAACAAUUCAAGAGACACUACAACCUGCAGAAACAGUGUCUAUUACGGAAAAAGGUGCAGAAAAGAAACCAAACGCAUCAAAUACAACUAUUGAAGAAGUGACAACAACAGAAGAAAUUGUACAACAAACACCUGCUCAGUCAACACCCGAAGUAACUGAGACAGAAAAAACUGUUUCUGACAUACCAUUUGUUACAACGACUGACGAACAGUUAAGUUCUACUGAUAAACGAAUUAUCGAACAGCCUUACACUGAAGAAGAAAAAGAAGAGGUAACAACAAUCGAACGUACUCCAACAGUAAAGAAAACUGUUACCACUACUACCGAAGAAACUAUUAUGGAAGAUGUUCCUUCUCAAAUAGAGGAGUCACGAAAACAGAAGAAAACACCAUCUGUUACUGAAAAAACCAUCACUUCUGAAGAAGUAUCGGAAGAAAAACCGAAUGUGGCAACUUCAGCUAUCGAAGAAGUCACUACUGAAGAUCAAAAAGUAAAACAUCCUCUUGAAACGACUUCAACAAUUGAGGAAACUACAACUGUGGAAGAAACUACUGAUACUCCAGAACAAACAGUCACAAAAGAAGAAGAAGAGAAAACAACAGUA